UACACAACUUUAACACCCCCUUCAAAGUAUAAACAAGUAGCUCUCCGGAGCAAUCAUCUCCGGCAACCUAAUGGAAAACCAGCCUACCAGAGACGAUCAAACUGACCCAAAAGAUCCCUAUCACAUCACAUACAUGAUCCACUUUCUUCUCGGAGCAGGUUAUCUUGUCCCAUGGAACUCCUUCAUCACCGCCGUCGACUACUUUCAAGAUCUUUAUCCAGAUAAACACGUCAGCAAGGUGUUUUCAGUUGCAUACAUGGUGGCAGCCAUGACUGUUCUAAUUAUUCUAACAUGUUGGUCUAGCUCUGGCUCUGGGGUGGUGAAGUUGCCGGGGGUUAAAGUGAGGAUGAACUUGGGGUAUGGUUUGUUUGUUUUGGCUCUAAUGGUGGCACCGGUGACUGACUGGAUUGCUCAUCGGAAUGCCCAUCGGAAUGAGGUUAAAAGAGGCUCGAAUAUGGCUUUCGUGGUUUUGGUUUCAAUGGUGGUGUUAACUGGUUUUGCUGAAGGGUUAACUGGUGGAAGCUUGGUUGGUGCCACCGGAAAACUGCCCGGACGGUAUAUGCAAGCGGUUGUUGCAGGCAAUGCUUCUGCCGGGGUUUUAGUAUGCAUGUUAAGGAUCAUAACCAAAGCAUCACUUCCACACUCAAGAAAAGGCCUUAGAACAAGCACACACAUUUAUUUCUUCACCAGCACACUCAUCGAACUCCUUUGCAUCCUUUUCUGCAACCUAAUACACAAACUACCAACCAUUCGACAUUACAAGACCAAAGCCGAGCUCAAUAACCCACCCGAAACCAUCUCCAAACCACUAAAAACACUUGACAUCUUAAAAAAACUCCGGUGGCUAGCUAUGUCCAUGGUCACAAUCUACAUCGUUACGCUAUCAAUAUUCCCUGGCUACUUGAGUGAGAAUGUCAAAUCGGUUUACUUUGGUGAUUGGUAUCCAGUGUUCUUGAUAACAACUUUCAAUGUUGGUGACUUUUCGGGCAAGUGUUUGACUGCAAUCUAUGUGAUUAAGAGAAGCAAAUGGGUGGUAUGGGCAUGUAUCACAAGGGUAUUGUUCUAUCCACUUUUUAUGGGUUGUGUUUUUGGGCCCAAAUGGUUCAGACAUGAGGCUCCAGUGGCACUUUUGACGUUGUUGUUGGGGGUUAGCAACGGGUAUUUGACUAGUGUGCUUAUGAUUGUGGCUCCUAAAUCUGUUCCUGUUGAGGAUUCGAACAUUGCGGGAAUUGUGAUGAGUUUGUUUUUGGCAAUUGGGUUAGUGGUUGGUUCGGGUUUAGGUUGGUUGUGGAACAUUUGAACAUAGAAACCCGGCCCGUUAUACUUUAAGCAAAUAAUUUUGGGUUACUUGAAAUUGAUUUAGUCCUAGAACCUUAGGGUAUACCCCAAACAAGUAAUAGUGUUGAUUGGUGUUUUAA